AAUGAAAACGUCCAGCGAUGAACACAGCAGCAAUAAAGUUUUUGGCAGUUGUAGCGCUCUGCACCAUCGCACUCUCUCCGACGACGCAAGCGUUGACUAUUCAACCUCGCAGCAGCUGGAAUGCUGCUAGUGCUCGCUCCCCAUCACGGAUCAGUGGCGCCGUCGAGUAUGUAAUCAUCCACCACUCGGAUAAUCCCAAUGGAUGCACUACGUCAGAGCAGUGCCAGCGCAUGAUCAAGGCCAUCCAGUCGGAUCACAAGGGCCGACGCAAGUUCAGCGAUAUUGGCUAUAACUUUAUCAUUGCCGGCGAUGGCAAAGUGUAUGAGGGACGUGGCUUUGGACUGCAGGGAUCUCAUGCACCCAACUAUAAUCGCCGCAGCAUUGGCAUCGUCUUCAUUGGCAACUUCGAGAGCAGCGCACCCUCAGCACAGAUGCUCCAGAAUGCCAAGGAUUUAAUUGAUAUGGCCAAGCAAGGUGGCCAUCUGAAGAAUGACUACACUUUGUUGGGCCAUCGUCAGACAAAGGCAACUGCCUGCCCUGGAACAGCUCUUUACAAUGAGAUUAAGACCUGGCCUCAUUGGAAACAGAUUUAAAUUAUUGGAUCAAUUCAAUUAACUGCCGCUUGAAUUUUGAUAUAUUGAACGUUUUUUUAUAAAAAUAUACUUGCAAAUUUAAA